AUGACGCACCAAAACGUUGUUCCCGACUCGGACUCCACUCAUGUACUUGGUAGCGUUGGGGAGGACUCUCGAAGUGAAGCACUUCAACCCAGUGCUGGCUCGCCACCCCUAUCGUCUCAGAAGACGCGUAAUCCUCUACCCAAAGUGCAGCUCGCACUGGUACUCCUGAUACAGCUGGCAGAGCCUGUGGUUGGAGGUGUCAUAUUUCCGUUCGUCAACCACUUCGUCAGGUCCACAGGCGUCACCCAUGGUGAUGGUAAUAAGACGGGAUACUUCACUGGUACGUGGUUGGAAUACUCGUCUGAAGCAUGCUUUUACGCCACAGAGGCACUGUGUGUCCUUUCCUGGGGCCGUGCCUCAGAUCAUUAUGGUCGAAAGCCGGUUCUUAUAAUUGGCCUAUUCGGGCUCACGCUGUCCACGCUUGGUUUUGGACUCUCAAACCGAUAUUGGAGUGCUGUCCUGGCGCGAUGUGCGGAAGGAGCUUUGUGCGGCAAUAUCGGGGUCGCUAAAAGUACGAUAGCGGAGAUGACAGACCCUUCGAAUAUGGCUCAAGCGUUUUCGAUGCUCCCGAUGAUGUGGGGUCUUGGUGGGACAAUAGCGCCCAUCAUAGGAGGCGUAUUCUCUCAACCCGCAGAGAAAUGGCCAGCCACAAUGGGCCAACUAGCAUUCUUUCGUCAGUAUCCGGACUUCCUGCCAUGUGCCAUCGCAGCCUGUGUGCCCUUGAUUGCGGCCACAUUUGCUGUCUUUCUCCUGAAAGAGACUCAUCCUACGCGCAUCCCCUUGGAGGACAGUGAGAAGCCUCCGUUCGAGAUAGUCAUAUCCACAUCUCGCCAGGUCGUCGUUAGCAGUCCACCUUGUUCAGAAGCUUCUGAGGGCACAUACGUUCGGGGAAAUGUGGAACUUUCUUCCUCAGUCUCACGAACCAGUACCGCUACUGUCGUCACCUCAGCCUCGCAGGACCCGCGUCGGCCCGCGUCUAUACGCUCUCUUCUGGACCGCCGACUCCUCGUCGCUAUAGCCAACUACUCCUUCCUUGCUUAUUACGACCAGUGCAUCAAUGUCCUCGUACCUCUCGUUUACUCCUCUCAGCGAUCACAAGGCGGACUGCACUUCAGUACCUUUACGAUUGGGAUAAUCCUCGCCAUGUGGAACAUCAUUAACGGAACUUUCAACAUUCUCGCGCUACCUCUACUGAUUCGACGCUUCGGCGUGAAGCACUUAUUUGUGGCGUCAGCCCUCGGCCUCACGCUCAGUUUAGCUAUGUUCCCAGUCAUCGGGUAUGUAGCAAGGCGAAGCGACCCACAUGCGGUGAGCGGCGACAUAUGGGCCGUCAUCAUAGUGCAGCUGUUCUUCUGGAUCAUCGCCUCUAUAGGAUAUGGUUGCAUAUUCGUCUUCAUUAAUGAAGAUGUCGCGGACAAUGCUCGCGGAACCAUUAAUGGCCUCGCUCAGAUGACCGUAUCUCUCAUGCGUUCCCUUGGAUCGAUCGUCCCGUCCACUCUGCUAUCAUUAUCUCUACAGCACAACCUCGUUGGUGGCGAUUUCGGAUACAUCUUGCUCUGCAUACUGGCUAUCGGUGGUAUAUUUCUUGCCUUUCAGUUACCAAAUAAACCUCCGCCCACCAAACCUUGA